AUGUCCGCUGGCUAUCUAGCACCAGCAGAGUCAACAUCAUUGCCCACAUCGUCUCCAUCCUCCUCGGCGAUGUGGUUGAUAGCAGCGGCGGCGGCGGAGCAGCCCGCCACCUUCCUGCACACGCGCGACGAGGUGCUGAAGUGCAUAAAGACUCUCUUGCAGCCGGCGUACGAUGGUGGUUGCAUCUCACGCGCACACUUUGUUUUUGUGGCGAAGCAGACGCUGCUCUUCGUGAUGGGCGUGAGCGGGCUCGGUGCGCAACGAUACUCUACUGCCUUCGUGGCGGAGGCGCUGCAGCUGCAGCUGAUGCAAGUCGUGCGUCCAUCUUUUUCGCAGCCCCAGCAGAGCACGACGACGGCAUCACUGGGCCCUAGCAGUCAGUCGGAAACGAAUGGAGGAGGCAUCGACGGCAUCGCCAACGAAGGCGGUGCUCUCCGCUGUUAUUCGCAGGAGGCCGCGCGGGAACAACAGGAGCACAAUCACCAGCAGCAGCAGCAGCAGUGCGUGGCGGGAGAGCCUACGACAUGGCGCUCCCAGCCGUAUGCGCUGCCGGAUCUGUGUGGUGGCUGCGAUGACGAAUGCGGCAACGCCGAGAAAGAGGGUGGAACGUCUGGCUAUUACUUUCCCGCCCCGUUUGCGCGGUGUCCGGUGCCGUCGUGCGCCUCAUCACGUUCCUCCUGCGCCUCAUGCCCGUUUGCGCUGCCGCAACGGAGACAACGACAACAACAAGAGCACCAACAGCAACAGCGAAACGACUGUGCAAGAAAUAAUGGUGACACCAGCGCCGCCUCAGUUUCGGGUACUGUUAGCUCUUGGACUGUGUCGCCGAUCGGCCGCGCACGCGUACCUGCAGAAGAUGCGCGCACAGUGGUAGCAACGCCAACGAAGUCGUCGCCUGUUGUCGGUCACGUUUGCGGCAACUGCACGUUUAGUCGCCUAGAUGGCGUGACAAAAAGCACCCCCUCGCUCCCAUCAGCCACCGCCGUCACGUGUCAGGGGUGGGGUUAUCAUCAUCACCAUCAGCAGCAGCAGACCCAAAGGGCGGAUGAGAAGGAGGAGAUCGAACAGAAGUGGGUGGACGACGAAGACGCUGCGCUCCUCCACCUUGUGCGGCAACUCCGUGCGGGUGUCGCCUCUCAGCGUUCAGAGGAUGAGGAUGAGGCGGUGGUGGUGGUUAGGGGGGAGGAAAAAGUGAAACCUGAGGAGGAGGAGCGCCAAGACUCGCCUUGCUUAACAAGCCGUACCGCCGCUACUAGUACUGGUGGGGCUACUCUUGUUGUGCCUCUCUCUGAUGUGGCCAGUAUCGUGAACGCCUGUCUCGCCCAACGCAAUAUUAUGCAGCAAUGGGCGUUGGGACGGCAAGAGCUUUUGCGCUGCGAGGAACAUGCCUUCAUAUCACUACUUCUGCAGCUGCAGCAGUUCCUGAUCAUGGGAGUUAUGCGUCACGCCAUGGGUGUGGAAGAAGAGCCUGCGACGUUGUCGCCGCCACCAAAGGAGCAGUUUGAGUGUGUGACAAGGCACGGUGAGGUAGAUACCAGCAGCUCUAUGACGCCGCGCGUCGGCGAAGGAAAGGGGGAGGAGCCCACAUCGUGCCGACAUGUGCCA